AUGGCUCCCCGCUUCGUCCUCCCCAAGCGCCUCCCCAUAACCGCCAACUUCAGGCCCGCCGCCUACCGCUUCAACUCGAGCAGCAGCUCCAGCAGGGCUGCGCGGGUCAUUGAGAUGGCCGCGCAGGCGGAGAAGCCUAGCGCGAUGGAGACCGCUGUCCCUGCUAUGUGGGCAAUCUGCGGUGGUUUGAUCUACGCGGCUUGGAACCGCAUCGAUGAGAAGAGCGGGCAGGAGAACGUUGAUAAGCUCCUCAUCGUCUAG